UAAAUAUUGAAUUUAUAUAAAAACAUGACGAUUUUUGUUCUUUUUAAUUAUAAAUGCAACAUUAACCCACAUGCGAGAAAAGAAGACAGAUAUCUGAGUAAAAGAGAAGUUAUAAAGGCGUUGAAUGUGCAUCUGUUUAGUCCUCUGAGUGGUGGAAACUGUGUAAUUGAUGUCAAUGUCAUGGAAGAAGACAACUGUGUUUGUAGUUGUGGCUGCAGUACUCCAGUACAUGCAGGACCAACUGGUAUAGGUGUUGAAUCUUGCUGGCAUGGAUUUGUCGAUAUGGUUGUCAGUGGUAAUGAGUUGGUUAACACUGUGCAGACGUCAGACCUUACAGAAAAGGUGAAAAUGGUAGUUGGAGUGAAAACAAAAGAAAAUUUACUUGAUUCAAGAUUUCAAAGCUCAGUUAUUGCAGAAACUAUAACCAAUUCAUUUGCAGAAGUCAAUAGAAAUCCUGCUGUCUCAGGACUACCGAUUCCAGCAUUUGGAUGUACACCAGAUGAAAUAUUAGUUUUUGCAUAUGACUGUAGAAAUGAUAUGUUACUGAAAAAAAUGGUGGAUUUGAAGCUGUUUCACAAUGAUGUGAAGAGUGCAACCAUCGUAAUGUUAUGGUUGUAUAUUAACUUUACAAGUUUCAUGAGGAGAGAUGUCACAGAUACUCUGACAAAGCCUUUUCUAUCUGAAUUCACAUCAGAAUUCUGCUCAAGUCGGCAAAUAGAGUCAUGUUACAGGAAGGUGACUAGUGCAACUCCUGAAUUUUAUCCUGUUUCAAAUUGGCCAAAGCUUAACUUUUACAGUUCAGCAAAAAUGACAUAACCCAGGACUGAACGCUCUAUUUUGUCUUCAUUCCUGAGAAGUUUAGGAAUCUAUCAACAUCCAUAUUGAAAAUUCAGAUGUUAUCACAAAAAUAAUAUUCUGAGGGUGCAACUUGCUAACUGCAAUGCAGAACACAAGAUAUUACCAAAAUACCAUAUCUACCAUGAGUAGCAGUGUUAUAUUUUAAAAACUUAUUUAAUCAGUAUACUGUUUUUUGAAAAUGCUGACAAUAAGUUUAAAUUUUACGAGAAUGAAAGUGCAUUUAUAGUAAAUCUUAAGAAAUAUUGAAUUUUGUAUUUAUGACAAAUAUUGAAUAUAAAAACCGCACCAUACAGCUUUUUUCUCCUUUGAUUCAUCAGUGAUGAUUGGGACAAAUCAUACAAGAUAUCUACAUGUAGAUAAUUACUUUGUAUAUUGUGAAGGAAAUGUUGACUUCUGAAGUUAUAUUAAAGGAUCAUGACUCUU